ACUGGGAUUGUCGGUUGGUUUUGCGCCGAAUCAGUGAAAUAUUUUGCUUCCUUUACAAAUUUAAUGUAUUUUACUACUAACAGUAGCUUUUUAUUAUAAUCUAGCAAACGAAACAUUUUAUAAGUUUUCAUAGCGCAUAUUCAAUAUGUCUCACCAGACAGGAAUACAAGCAAAUGCAGAACUGAAGAAAUAUUUUGGAAAGUGUAGAGAUGGAAAACUUCGUGUUAUGAAAGUCAGCAUAGAAAAUGAACAACUGACUUUAUCAAAACACUAUGCAGUCAAAGGAUCUUGGGAACAUGAUUUUGACAAAUAUGUGCCAACAUUGAUUGUUGAUGAUCAACCUUGUUACAUUUUGUACAGACUAGAUACAACAAACUCUCUUGGACAUGAUUGGUUACUGCUUAGUUGGUCACCUGAUAGUGCACCAGUUAGGCAAAAAAUGUUGUAUGCAUCCACAAAGGCCACUUUGAAACAAGAAUUUGGCUCUGCUCAUAUCAAAGAUGAAAUGCAUGCAACUGUUAAGGAAGAAGUAUGUUUAAAAGGAUAUAAAGCGCAUCUAAGCGGUAUUAGCGCUCCAGCUCCACUCACAGACCGAGAAGAGGCAUUAAAGGAAUUACAACAGACAGAACAUAACACAAACUAUGGCACUGACUCCAGGCAAUCAACAAUGGGUGGAGUAGCAUUUCCAAUAACGGAAGCAGCGGAACAGGGUAUAAAUGAUCUCAAACGUGGUUCCUACAAUUAUUUACAAUUUAGAAUAGAUUUAGAAGAAGAAAAGAUACACCUGUCCAAAGCGGCAGAGAUACAACGUGGAGAUUUACCGUCACAAGUGCCUAACGAUCAGGCGCGGUACCAUCUCUACGUGUUCGAUCACACGCAUGAGAGUGAUCAUCUCGCUAGCGUUGUGUUCAUAUAUUCAAUGCCUGGAUAUAACUGCAGUAUAAAGGAGCGUAUGAUGUAUUCAAGCUGUAAAGGACAAUUCUUAGACAUAAUUGAGAGGAUGGGCGUCGAAAUUGCGAAACGACUCGAAAUUGAUGACGGGAAAGAACUGACAGACGAGUUUCUCUACGACGAAAUACAUCCGAAGAGGAAUCUUCACCGGCCCGCAUUCGCUAAACCAAAGGGUCCACCUAAUCGUGGUGCAAAACGAAUUACAAAAUCGCAAACAGCCCAAUAAUAAAACUUAUAAUUAUUUAAAAAAUUAAGUAUACCAAAUCUUGACAUGGCUCAUUCUACUGAACUCCAAAUACGAGAUUGUCUAUAUAGAUUUAUCAUUUAUUUAAAAUCAUUGGAAUGUUACAAAAGUCUCGAAAUUAUUUUACCUUAAUACCCAAGACACGAUUAGAUUUUCAAGCCAGUAUAUAAAGUCAU